AACUCCUUGGAAACUAGAAACAAAAAUCACUGAGAAUUGUGUAUUCUUUGAAGGGUGUUGCUUGGAUAUGGGGAGGAGUCCUUGUUGCUCAAAAGAAGGGUUGAAUAGAGGAGCAUGGACAGCAACGGAAGACAAAAUUCUGACAGACUACGUUAAAAUCCAUGGCGAAGGGCAAUGGAGAAACCUUCCAAAAAGAGCAGGUCUUAAAAGAUGCGGGAAGAGUUGCAGAUUAAGGUGGCUAAAUUAUCUGAGACCUGAUAUCAAGAGAGGGAACAUUACUCAUGAUGAAGAGGAACUCAUUAUCAGGCUUCACAAGCUCCUGGGAAACAGAUGGUCCCUUAUAGCUGGGAGGCUUCCAGGGCGAACAGACAAUGAAAUCAAAAACUACUGGAACACCUACAUCGGCAAAAAGUUGCAAAACCAACAAAGCCACUCUUUAAGGAACCAUAAACCAUCAAAUCAAUCCCAAAACAAGGCUAAGCCCUCCAUUGAAACAUCCUUUAGGCCGCCUUCUAAAGCAAAUUCAAAUUCAUGCGUGAUCAGGACCAAGGCAACAAGGUGCACAAAAGUCUGUAGUCACAGGCCAGAACCACAACUUGAAGACUCUAAGCUAUCAAAGCCACGACCCUUUUCGCUACCUGAGGAACCCGAAUCAUCAGAACAUGUUCCCAAGGAGGAUAAUGAUCCAUCGAAUUUCUUGAUCGAUUUAGAGGUGGAUGAAAUUUUUUUAUCAGAAUUUCUCAACUCUGAAUUGUCACAACUACAGCCAUCUCAUUUUCAAAACAAAGGAGAUCACAGUGACAGUAACACUGUCAGAUGUGAACAGGGCCAAUAUUCAUCAACACAUGUAACCACAAUGAUUCAAGACGUGGAUUUUACAGCCAUGGCUUCUUUAAUGGAGUUUGAAUUGGAUUGGCUCCAAGACCAAGCAGAUCCAAAUUAA